AGAGUAACAAACUUAUAUUCUUAUCGCCUUUAAGUUAUCUUUCUCUAGAACUCAAAAUAGCACACCUAAAUAUAAGAAAUGAAAAUUGAGCUAAUAUUGAUUCCUUCUCCCGCGAUCAGUCAUCUCAUGUCUACGGUGGAGAUGGCGGAGCGACUAGUUGAUCUAAACGACCACCUCUCUAUCACCGUAAUCAUCAUAUCUUUCAAUUCUCAAAGCACCUCGAUGAUCGCCUCUCUCACCACCGCAUCCAAUAAACGAAUCCGCUACGAAAUAAUCUCUGGAGGAGAUCAACAACCCACAGAGCUCAAAGCAACAGAUUCCCACAUCCAAAGUCUAAAGCCACUGGUGAGAGGUGCUGUUGCGAAAUUCGUAGAUCCGACUCGACCAGACUUGCCUCGUCUUGCGGGAUUCGUCGUCGACAUGUACUGCACGUCGAUGAUCGAUGUCGCUGACGAAUUUGGAGUCCCUAGUUACUUGUUUUACACCUCCAAUGCUGGAUUUCUCGGACUUUUGCUUCACAUUCAAUUCAUGUAUGACUCAGAGUCACAGGAUACCUACGACAUGAGUGGAUUAGAAGACUCGGACGCAGAGUUGGUGGUUCCGAGUUUGAUUAAUCCUUAUCCGUUGAAAUGUGUCUUCCUUAAUCCUUACAUUUUCAAAUCAAAAGAGUGGCUCACUUUUUUUGUAACUCAAGCGAGAAGAUUUAGAGAGACUAAGGGCAUUUUGGUAAAUACGGUUCCUGACUUGGAGCCUCAAGCGUUGAAGUUUCUCUCCAAUGGUAACACUCCACGAGCUUACCCUGCAGGACCACUGUUGCAUCUCAAAAACGAUGCUUUCAAAAACACCAACAUGCUUGUGGACGACAAGCAAUCGGAGAUUUUACAGUGGUUGGACGAGCAACCGCCUAGAUCGGUAGUGUUCCUCUGCUUCGGGAGCAUGGGAGGCUUAAGUGAGGAACAAGCAAGAGAAAUCGCCGUAGCUCUGGAUCGAAGCGGCCACCGGUUUCUCUGGUCUCUCCGCCGUGCAUCUCCGAAUAUAAUGAAAGAGCCUCCCGGAGAAUUCACUAACCUAGACGAGAUUCUCCCGGAAGGGUUUCUUGAUCGGACGGAGGAGAGGGGAAAGGUGAUCGGAUGGGCACCACAAGUGGCCGUGUUGGCGAAGCCGAAGAUCGGAGGUUUUGUUUCCCACGGCGGAUGGAAUUCAACGUUGGAGAGUUUAUGGUUUGGUGUUCCGAUGGCGAUUUGGCCGCUUUACGCCGAACAGAAGUUUAACGCUUUUGAGAUGGUGGAGGAGCUUGGAUUGGCGGUGGAGAUCAAGAAUCACUGGCGAGGAGAUCUUUUGUUGGGGAGGUCGGAGAUGGAGAUUGUGACGGCGGAGGAGAUAGACGUGGCUUUAAUGGAACAAGAUAGUGACGUGAGGAAGAGAGUGAAUGAGAUUGGCGAGAAAUGCCACGUGGCUUUAAUGGAUGGUGGAUCGUCUGAAAUUGCUUUGAAAGAAUUUAUUCAAGACGUAACGGAGAAUUGCAAUUUCUAACGUUUUGGGAUUAUGUUGUAUAAUAGGCCCGAAUACAUGCUUAUAAUGGGCCAUUGUCAAGUUGUUUUAUUUCUGUGAACAAUGUAUUAUUCAAGGUUUGUGUUCAAUAAGAACAUGAACUUCUAUUAUA